AUGUAGCUAGAUCAAGAAACUCUAAAUCUAUUAUUCAAAGAAUUGUUUAAUUUAGAUUAGUUACCGAAUAAAGAUAGUGAAGAGUUAACAGAGCAAUACGAAUAUUAUGAUAACACUGAAAGAAAAUUUCUAAAAUAAUUUCAUAAUAAAUAAUUAAAUAAUGAAAACGAAGUUAAGUAUGUGCUAAUUAUCAUUGAAUAGAUUAUUGCAUCGAUUUAUUGCGAGGCUAGCUGAGGCUUAUCAAGUUUUGUUGGCUAAAAAGUCUAUUUUUAGAUCAAAAGCAUCAACAUUUUAGCCAACCAUUUAUAAUUGCUUAUCAAACAUGUAUGAUGGUAAAUAAGGAGUAUUUAUUUAACUCAUUUAAUCUAUUUUUACAGAAUGUAAAUUGCAAUUAGAAAUUGCUAAUAGAAAGCUAACCAAUAAUGACAUAGUUAAGCGAGUGAGUAUUAUAUUUUAUUAUUAUAAAGAUUCAUAGUUAAGAUUAAGACUCCUUAAAUAACGAAUCAUUAUAAUAACAGUAAUAAUUAUCAAUAACUUAAUUAUUAUUAUAAAGAAAGAACACUUAACCUGAAUGGCAGAUUAACAUAAACAACAAUAAGAACCUAAGCUAAUAUUUUAAAAAAACUCAUUAAAAAUUAUAUGAUCUACUUUCUAUUGACAAGUAAAUUACUUAUUUAUAGCUUAGAGUGUAAGAUGAUUAAAUUCUCUAUUUUUAAAGCAGAGAAUAAAAUAUGGAUAAAUUAUUCUAAUAGUUGAUGUAAUAGAAUACUCAUAUAAAGAAAUCUUUGAAUUGGGCAGUCGAUUUAGAUAUGAAUGAAUUUGAGAAACAUAUUUAACUAAUGCAAAUCAAGUAAAACUCAACCACAAUUCCAAAUAUUUAAUUUACACCAAUUGAUAUAGUUAAAACUGAUUAAUUUGAUGGUCAAAAGACUGUAAGUUCAUUUUUCUCAUAAAAUGAGUAAUAUAAAAUAAGAAGUUUCUCAUAGAAUUCUAAAAUAAAAGAUCUCUACUCAUUCAGUGAAAAAAUAAACAUUUUUCAUCCAAAUUAUUAAGACUCCAUAAAAUAUAAGAUUUCAUAGUCGCGGUUAGAUAACUAACAUUAACAAAAAAGACAACUAGCAUAAUAGCAAAUAAUAAAAUAAUCUCCUGUAGUAAAUAUGCUGACUAGAAAAAUGAUUUUUGAGCAAUAACCUCAAAAUUCCAAAAAAAAAACCAAGUCUUUUAGAUUUAAAAAUUGA